GACAUAAUGGCUGCUACGAUGGAAAAGGUUUGCGUGCUGGGAUCGGGCAACUGGGGCUCGACGGCGGGGAAGAUCGUGGCGUCGAAUGCUGCGCGGCUGGAUGAUGUGGCCAGCGAGGUCAACAUGUGGGUGUUUGAGGAGCAGGUGGACGGGCGCAAGCUGACCGAGAUCAUCAACGAGGAUCACGAGAACCCCAAGUACCUGCCCGGGGUGAAGCUGCCGGAGAACUUGGUGGCGGUGCCGGAUGCAGCGGCAGCGGUGUCCGGCGCGACGCUGCUCAUCUUCUGCCUCCCGCACCAGUUCCUCCCGCGGCUUUGCGCGUCGAUCAAGGACGCGGCGGCGCCGGGUGCACGGGCAAUCACGCUCAUCAAGGGCUUUGACGUCGACGACGAUGGCAUUGUCCUGCUCUCCGAGUACAUCACGGCACAGCUGGGCAUGCCGUGCGCGGUCCUGAUGGGCGCCAACAUCGCCAACGAGGUGGCGCGCGAGGAGUUUUCCGAGACAACCAUCGGGUACCACCACGAGGCGAACGGCAAGCUCUGGUGCCGGCUGUUCCAGACCAAGUACUUUCGGGUCGCCAUUGUGCCGGAUCCGGUGGCGGUCGAGCUCUGCGGCGCUAUCAAGAACGUUGUGGCGCUCGGCGCCGGCUUUUGCGACGGGCUCAAGCUCGGCAACAACACCAAGGCUGCAGUCAUCCGCAUCGGCCUGCUCGAGAUGCGCCAGUUUACCCAGACCUUUUUCAACGGUGCCGGUGAGCUGACGACGUACUUUGAGUCGUGCGGCCUUGCCGAUCUCAUCACCACCUGCUACGGCGGGCGCAACCGCAAGUGCGCCGAGGCCUUUGUGGCGUCGGGCAAGAGCUGGGACGAGCUCGAGGCCGAGCUGCUCGGUGGACAGAAGCUGCAGGGCACGCUCACCACCAUCGAGGUGAUAAAGGCCAUCGAUAAGGCCGGCGCCCGCGGCAACUUUCCGCUCUUCACCGCCAUCAAUGCCAUCUGCUUUGAGGGUGCCGCGCCGUCGACGCUCUUUGACAACCUGGUCCACGACGACGCGCUUGUGUCGCGGAUGUAGGUUGCCACGACAAAGCAAAGAGUAAAUGAGUGCGGG